AUGAGUCCAAGCCCCGACGUUGUGGCCAAGUAUCCCAUCGGAAGCAGGCCAAAUAUCUCUUUUACACCAUAUCUCAUCUUCUGUUCGUACCUGGUCAGCUUGAUUGGAUCUGUCACAACAGUAGAGCUGCUGCAUCGAAGAGUAUCGGGAUCAGGAUGGAGGGCAUGGGUGCAAGUUGCCGGCUGUUCAGUUUCGUUCGGUCUGGUAGCGAUUUGGUGCAUGCAUUUCGUUGGCAACCGAGCCAUCGUUUUGGGUGACGGAGAAGACGAAAUCCAACUGUACUACAGUCCUGCGUUCACGGCCAUCUCCGCCAUCAUUCCGGUCGUGGUAAUUUUCUUGGGGCUCAUGGUCGCCGACCGCUUCUACAGACGAAGCAAGCAUGCCGCCAUUCGAGUUGUUUCCCUCAUCGUGUGCGGCAUCUGUGCAGGUGCAGCUAUCACCGAGAUGCACUACCUGGGAAACAACGGUACCACAAACUAUCGCCUGCAUCUCAGUUGGCCGCACGUUUUCGGUGCCGCAGGAAUCGCAGUGGGCGCAAGUCUGCUGUCAUUUGGCCUCUUCUUCCACUGGAGUGGAUCGUGGCUGAACAACAUCUUCAGACGUGCUAUAGUUGCUUGUUUCCUGGCCUUGGCUGUUUCCGGUAUGCACUGGACUGGUGCUGCUGGUACAUGGUAUGAAGUUCGAGGCUACCAUGAUGGAUCGGGCCAGGAACGCAACAUCACACUGAUCAUCGCUAUUUGCUUGUGCUUGAGCGCUUGCGCCGUCUGCUUCCUGCUUGGCUUCCUGAAGCAACGUCACCGCCGACUUCUCAAAGACCGCGCCCAGCAGGUCGUACUCGCAUGCGCUACAUUUGAUGAGAGUGGCAGAUUGUUGGUCAGUCAAGGUGGUCUCCUGCCCUGCCAGACGAUUACUCGACAGUUCCACCAAAGGACUUUUGACGAUGAGUUCAAUACCUCGCACCCUGUAUUCCAAUGGAUAUUCCGAGUAUCUCGCCACUGGGGAGGUGUAGUCGACUUGAUUCCAUCUAUGCGUGAACAUCUACACAGCACUGGAUAUCUGCAGACGACUUCGCCCUCCACGGCAGCGGAAAGUCGAAGUUCUUUCAGCUCGGAGGACGAUUCCACCUACUCUGCCACUUUCCGUGAACUGUUUUGUGUCACCGCUUACGACAUCGCAAAGACGCUCGAUACUGGUCUUCAGAACCUCGGAAACCUAUACGAAGAGGUGGUAACUACUGGCACUUCGAUGUCGAUGGUAAGAACUGUAUUUAAGGAAACGAACGACAGAAAGGAAAUCCUAGCAGCAGAUGUGGCAAACAAGGAUAUCGAGACCGGCAUGGCCAGCCCAAUUCUCUUCGGCCGAGGGCAAAUGUUGGUCCUGACAAAGAAGGCCGAUACAAGCGAAGUGAAGCGCCUGCAGAACCUAGGCUACCAUUUUGCGAACAUCGACCAGGUUGGCGACAAUCUUGCUCGUAGCCUGCAGGUGACUCGGAAUGAUCUACACGAUAUGGUCGACCGCUGGCAUGCAUUUACCGAAAGGGAGCCAUCCAUACCCUCAAGUGGAACCUAUCUCGCAUCGUUCCUCCUGCAACCUGCACCAGGCAUGCGAGGCCUCGACGUCAUCGUACCCCGAACAAAUCCUGACCGUCUGCCAAUGGUCAAGCUGGCAAAUGGCGAGCUCACCUUGAGUGAGUUGAAGCUUCUGACUGGCUUCAAUGGCUUGUCACUGGAUGACUGCCUCGCACGUACCGGCCAACGCACCGGGCUGGAAACUAAGGAAGAGGACGCGUUCUUGGAGAACUUCUGCAACAAGAUACUCGAUCUUCUACACGAUGCACCCGAGUCCGCGCUGCAUCGUGCUAUCUUCUCUGCUAGGCAAGUAGAUAUCGCCCAUGGCAUCGUUGGCCAAAAAGAACGCAGCCCAGCGACCGUGUUCGCCUUCUGUGGUAUCAAGGAGAUCUAUAUUCAGUCACUUCAAAGCAUAACUCUGAAGUGUAUCCCCAUGUCUUUCUUCCAGACAUAUCUCAGGUCAUACCCUGGCUCACCCGAUCACCAGAUCCUAGCGAUCCAGAAUCACAAGGAGUUUGCCACACUCUUACGAACUCCCUCUAUCACCAAGGAGCCUGAGAAGAGCAGCAACAGGUGGAACUUCAGGCUGCGACCACACUGGUCAGUGUCAUCCGAUAUGACUCUACAGCCUGAUUCUUGCUCGGAGAAGGGCCUAGUGAACCCAACAUCACCAUGCGCCGACGCAAGCAAUAGUCACCCUUGGGGAGGUAUCAUGGUCACCUCGACUCAGCAAAUCAUCCACGAUGAGUCGAAGAAGGGUGGGGCGACGAUGGAAAUGCGGGAUAUGGGCGUCAAGUCUGAGGCUGGUGUUGCUGAUACAGAGCAGCAGACACUGGCGGAAAGACUGAUGUCGAUCACAACAUCGUUCCGCGACCCGCACGCGACACGAGCGCUGCCCAAGGACCUAUACUAUGCACGGAGGUAG